CAGCAAUGAAUGCCCACUCCAAGGAGAUGGUGCCCCUCAUGGGCAGAAGAACCACUGCACCCAGCGGGAACUCCGUUGUGCUGACAGAGAAGAGGCCGGCAGAUCUCACCCCCACCAAGAAGAAUGCACACUUCUUCCUGGAGAUAGAAGGUUUUGACCCCAACCCCACAGUCAUCAAGACCUCUCCUCCCAUCUUCUCCAAGCCAAUGGAUUCCAAUAUCCGGCAGUGCCACUCCGGCAAUUGUGAUGACAUGGACUCCCCUCAGUCUCCUCAGGAUGAUGUGACAGAGACCCCAUCCAAUCCCAACAGCCCAAGUGCAAACCUGGCCAAAGAAGAACAGAGGCAGAAGAAGAAGCGGCUGAAGAAGCGCAUCUUCGCAGCUGUGUCUGAGGGCUGCGUGGAGGAGCUGUGGGAACUUCUGCAGGAGCUGCAAGAGCUUUGCAAGCGGCGCCGCGGCCUGGAUGUGCCUGACUUCCUCAUGCACAAGCUGACAGCCUCAGACACCGGGAAGACCUGCCUGAUGAAAGCUUUGCUCAACAUCAACCCCAACACCAAAGAGAUCGUGCGGAUUCUGCUUGCCUUUGCCGAGGAGAACGACAUCCUGGACAGGUUCAUCAAUGCCGAGUACACGGAAGAGGCCUAUGAAGGACAGACUGCACUGAACAUCGCCAUCGAGCGGCGCCAGGGAGACAUCACAGCGGUGCUCAUAGCAGCGGGCGCUGACGUCAAUGCGCAUGCCAAGGGUGUCUUCUUCAACCCCAAAUACCAGCACGAAGGCUUCUAUUUCGGUGAGACACCCCUGGCCUUGGCAGCAUGUACCAACCAGCCUGAGAUUGUGCAGCUGCUGAUGGAGAAUGAGCAGACGGACAUCACCUCCCAGGACUCUCGGGGAAACAAUAUCCUGCACGCGCUGGUGACAGUGGCUGAGGACUUCAAGACCCAGAAUGACUUUGUUAAGCGCAUGUAUGAUAUGAUCCUGCUGAGGAGUGGCAACUGGGAGCUGGAGACCACGCGCAACAAUGAUGGACUCACGCCACUGCAGCUGGCUGCCAAGAUGGGCAAGGCUGAGAUCCUGAAGUACAUCCUCAGUCGUGAGAUCAAGGAGAAGCCUCUCCGGAGCCUGUCCAGGAAGUUCACGGACUGGGCGUAUGGGCCUGUGUCAUCCUCGCUCUAUGACCUCACCAACGUAGACACCACGACAGAUAACUCGGUGCUGGAGAUCAUUGUGUACAACACCAACAUUGACAACCGGCAUGAGAUGCUGACCCUGGAGCCCCUGCACACGCUGCUGCAUAUGAAGUGGAAGAAAUUUGCCAAGUACAUGUUCUUCUUAUCCUUCUGCUUCUAUUUCUUCUACAACAUCACCUUGACCCUCGUCUCUUACUACCGACCCCGGGAUGAUGAGGACCUCCCACACCCCUUGGCCCUGGAACACAAGAUGAGUUGGCUGCAACUGCUAGGGAGGAUGUUUGUUCUGAUCUGGGCCACGUGCAUCUCUGUGAAAGAGGGCAUUGCCAUUUUCCUGCUGAGACCCUCCGAUCUGCAGUCCAUCCUGUCAGAUGCCUGGUUUCAUUUUGUCUUUUUUGUCCAAGCUGUGCUUGUGAUACUGUCUGUCUUCUUGUACUUGUUUGCCUACAAAGUAUACCUCGCCUGCCUCGUGCUGGCCAUGGCCCUGGGCUGGGCGAAUAUGCUGUACUACACGAGAGGCUUCCAGUCCAUGGGCAUGUACAGCGUCAUGAUCCAGAAGGUCAUUUUGCACGAUGUUCUGAAGUUCUUGUUUGUUUACAUCCUGUUCUUACUUGGAUUUGGAGUGGCGCUGGCCUCGCUGAUUGAGAAGUGCGCCAAAGACAAAAAGGACUGCAGCUCCUACGGUAGCUUCAGCGAUGCGGUGCUGGAGCUCUUCAAGCUCACCAUAGGCCUGGGCGACCUGAACAUCCAGCAGAACUCCACCUACCCCAUCCUCUUUCUCUUCCUACUCAUCACCUACGUCAUCCUCACCUUCGUCCUCCUCCUCAACAUGCUCAUCGCCCUGAUGGGGGAGACGGUGGAAAAUGUCUCCAAAGAGAGUGAGCGGAUCUGGCGCUUGCAGAGAGCCAGGACCAUCUUGGAGUUUGAGAAAAUGUUACCAGAAUGGCUGAGAAGCAGAUUCCGCAUGGGAGAGCUGUGCAAAGUAGCAGACGAGGACUUCCGGCUGUGUCUGCGGAUUAACGAGGUGAAGUGGACCGAAUGGAAAACACACGUGUCCUUCCUUAAUGAAGAUCCAGGGCCCCUAAGACGGACAGCAGAUUUGAACAAAAUUCAAGAUUCUUCCAGGUGCAAUAGUAAAACCACCCUCUAUGCAUUUGAUGAACUAGAUGAAUUUCCAGAAACAUCGGUGUAGAAGAAUGGCUUAGAGCUGGUAUGAACACCGUGGUCUGAUGCUGAGGUGCUGUGCAGAAUGCUGAAUUAGAAGCAAAAUGCUCCUCGCACUGAUUGGUGGCUGCUGAGGGGCAGGAUUUGAAAGGAAAGCACCUUGGGUUUUGUGACUUGAGGGAGGUGAGUACAAACUUGUGACCAGCAGCCCUGAGUCUGGAAGUCUCCUGAAGUCUAGGGUGAGGCACCUGCAGGUCGGCUUGGCUCCAAGACACAUGUGUUGGGGAAGGAAGGAAAUGAGGUCUGAGGAGUGGACCUUCCCUCCUGCUAUGGCCCUAUUUUUGGAGCCAGCUGCAGCUCACAGAUUCCUCCUUUACCUCCCCAACUAUGACUACAUCUCCUGAAUUUGAUCCUGUCCCAGAAUGUGCAGAGGGCCUGAGCUAAGCCAGAUCUUCUGGGGAAGAAGGGGAGUGAGCUAUGGAAAUGCCCUUCCAGAGCCUCCAGCAAACAGGAAACUGGACUCCAUCCUUGGAAUGAAAUCCAAGGCUAAAACUGUCUCCAACCGAGAGACAUUUUUUAAGUGAAUUGGCACAAGGUUUUUAUUUUUAGUUCAGAAAAGCCAUUUCAGUUUUGAAUGAAAAUUACUUCAGAUGAAGUAAGCCACUUUAAAAGCUGAGAACUAGAUUUUAGGCUUUUGGACUAGAUGUAAGUAUUAUAUACUAGGUCUCAGGUAGCCAGAGUCAGGACAAUAAGCUUUUCUUCACUUACAUGAAGCCUGAGGGAGACACGCUGUGAUCUGGGGGAAGGGUUUGGGCCUGUCCUCUUUCAGUCUCACCCAGUGCUGGCCUCACUUCAUCUGAGACAGAAAGAGCAGUGAUCUGUUUACAGGGUCUUAAAACUCGGAGGUGAUGAGCACACGCACUGUUUCACAUUGGGGGAAUUCAGCAAGAUACCUGGAAUGCACUGCUAGCAUACAUUUUUGUUAACUGUGAAUUUUGCAUCUGUAGCAGAAGCCUUCUGAAGAAAGAAGGUCUGCCAGACUUGGGGCUUAUUUUCAUAUCCUCAGCCUCAGAUUUUUCAGCUCCUUGAAAUUUCAGAGUCAGUUUGGGGAUAGGAGAAUUCUUCCAGUGACUAGAAAUGCAAUAACCUCCCUCCCCACUCUUCUGUUAUUUACUAAAAGGAUUCACAUGGAAAGGUGUGAGAUGGAAUUAUAGAUCAUUACAAAGAUUUUUUUAAAAAAAAUGUUAAAUGGAUCAGAAACAAGUUGGGUCUUUAGAAAACUUGGCAUUUGGUGAGCUAAUCUGACUGGAGACCAGGUAAUGCAGUCCAUUCUGACAGUCUUCUCCAUUCUGGAAGGUUCUGUGUGCCAGCUGGGCAGGUGGAAAGUUGGCCAUUCCAUCCUGCAUGGCCAGGUGGAGCACUGGAGACUGCCCAGACUGCCCAGUUUGUAGCAGCCACUGUCUGCUCGACCUAUUGGGGUCUCUAGUGUUCAAAGAUCACACUCAGGCAGGGAAGAUGAUAAUGCAUGCUUGUGUCUUUGGAAAAGAGAAUGUUUGAGGGGACAUCAUGGGCCGAAAGAGCAGACACGUUCCCAAUGGGCAGAAAUGGUGACGGAAAUAGAUUAAGGUUGUGGUUCCGUUCGGGAAAUGGCUGCCUCAGCUUUUGGAGGUAUUCAAGAAAUGAAUACUUACGGGGGAAGAUGUUGACGAAAGCAAUCAGGUGAUUUUAAGGUUCCUAGACAUUCUACAAACCAGUAUUAUACAUCUGGAGUCCCUCUGAGUUAUCUUGAGCAGAUGUCCUUGUUUGAAGUGUAACCACUGGCUCUAGGGAGCUAGGACUCCAGCUUUGCUUUGACUUGAAGUUGGUAGAUGAAACCACUUAGCUCUGCAUUUCCCACUUGGAUGGAAGGUGAGGGAAUUUGGAAGAUAGAAACAAUGAGCCAGACCUUCGUCUUCUUAUGUGUUGUAGAGAUCUGCUUUCUGUGGAUCCAGAUGGAAUUUGUUGACAAAACCAUUUCUGAACUGGAUAUUCAUCUAAAUGUGGGAUUCCCCAAAGGCUUUUAGCCCAGAGGGUCAAGCUAAAGGGUUCACCAAACCAAGGAAGGGAAGCUUGACAAAAAGUGUCACUGCUCAAAAGGAUCAAAAUCCCUCAUCAUAUGCCUGGACACUCAGGCUCGGGAAUGAACCCAGACUUGUUCAGAGUCAUGUCAGAGCAGGUGGGGCUAGGAUGUCCUCAUAUCUGGGCCACAGGUAUCCUUCUGCACAGCUUUUAUCAUUGGGUCUUUUUGUAGUUGGCACAUUCAGGGGAUAGUCUUUUUCCCCUCACAUGACUUGGAAGUUAACAUUGUCCUUACAACCCCAAUGACAAAUACAUGUCAAAUGUGCCUAAAGCCACACAAUAACAACACAAUAACAACAAAAACAACACACACCACUGACUCCAUGGGCCUAUCAGGACGUCUUAAAACUCCAUGAUUUACAUUUCAGUAAUGUAGGGGGAAGAGGUUUUCCAGGGAUGGGAUCGAGCAUACCCAGACAGUAGUGGCAAACCCUGUUUUGACUGAACAUUUCCCCAGGAAGAGAUCUGUAUUCUAGACAUUAGGUCAUGUGUCUGGAAUGACACAGGUGCUUACCUUCCUUCCCAGUGUCGGGGGAAGGAGUAAUAAAUGGUACUGUGAAGUCAUUGAACUCUUAGGCACCUGCCCAAGAGAGUACAGUAUUAUUGAGGUUCCUUUCCUUUCUCAGGGCCUGGUGACUGUCUCCUUUGGCUCUGGGUGAGGCUCAGGGAGACAGGCCCUCACCAGAGUCUGUAAGCCAUACUUGACUUCUGCAUUGACUUAGAUGUUUUUAAAUCUUAUUUUAUAGUUACUGUGACCUUAGUUCCAGAUACAGAAUUAUCAUCUUGUUCUCACUGGAUGUGCCUGAUUCUUGUAAAAAUUAAUUUAUAGACUGUUCUUAGUGUUGUAUGUGUGAAACUACAUGUUCAAGAAAUCAUAAAAAGGAAGACUGCUUUGGUCUCAUUGAGGAAAUUGUUUUGAUUUCUAAUAAAUAUUUAUUUUGUCAUGCCAUGGCCA